AUGGCAGCUGAAAACUAUCGAAGAGUUUUUAUUGGUUUUGCCUCUACAUCAACUGGGGCGUUCGAGGUAAAGGUACUGGACGAGGUUGCCAAAAACAGUGAUGGUACCAACAUUGGUCUGCUCUGGUGUCAAUACACCCUAGGUCCAGUUAAAUCUGUAAACAUGGUCAAGGAAGGGAGCUUGGAUCAUCCAAUAUCAGAGGAACAAUAUAUUUAUCUUGCUAGUCUCAACAAGCAGAAGAGCGCUCUGGUAAUUGAAAACUACUUCACAAAUGAAAACAACUGUGGGUGUUUGGUAGUGGAGACUGUCAGUGGGACCUUCCAGUGUUGGCUUAACUAUCUAGUCAAGAAUAACAUUCCAUUGGUCAAUCAUGAUGGGCGUAUAAUGCCAACACUGCGGAAGAUCAUCUUAUCCCUUUGUAGCUUAGUAUACCAUGUACUUGGCGAGAACUGGCAUCUUCACAGCCUUAGCAUGGAUGACUUGUUUCUCAAGAAGCUUAAUGGUGAACUUGAACUGAAAGUUCUCUUGUCUGAUGUGAGAAAAGGGAUUACACAAAAAAAAAAGGACUUAACGUGGAAACAUGUUAAGGACAUCAUCAACUGCUGUUUCUCAGUAAACAAGGUCGAACUGAGUGUUGAGACUAGGCGCUUCUGUAACUUCAUUGGUCGUCAGACAAAGGAUUUUCCACUUGAAAAAUAUCCAGAUUCUUGGACUGAUAGUGAUAAAGUUGCUUACCUGCGUCUAAUCCUACAAGCUGACAUGAAUGACAUGAAAAGUUCGGUUAUGGCAUCAGGCAUUGUUUGGCCGACCGGACAUGAUGGAGCCAUACAGCCAAUCUUGGAACAGAUAAUAAAUCAUGAUAAGAAAGCAGCAAAAUAUGAGUCUCAUCCAUGGCACUAUAUCCGACUUGCCCGAAAUGUAACUAAAAGUUUUGACCUACCUGAGAGUCUAAAGAAAACGCUGAAAGUUGAGUCUGAUUUCCUGAGGAAAAUGGAGGAGUGGACGCCAACCAUUUGGACAGAUUUGUAUGAAGCUAUUGGUCCUCUUGGAUUGAAGUGAUCAAUAUGG